CUUCUCCACCCAGACAGGAGGCAGAGGCCAGGUCAGAGCAGCUGCUCUCAGACACCAUUCCUUUGGCCCUCUGCUGCCUGUGCCAGGCUGGCCCUUUGUUCCUGUUUCCCCAGUGAAAGUGGGCACCUGUGGUGCCUGAUCCCCACCUCCUUCUCCAUGAAAGCCAUGGAAAAUCCCAAGGGGCAGGAGCUUCAAACAGUGAGGAGUGGAGCCUGGGACAACCCUGCUUACAGUAGCCCCAUUUCCCUGCAUAGGACACUGAGGAUCUGCACUGUCUCCAGUGUGGCACUCCCCGAGCCUCAACCCAAGAAACCUGAAGACAGGUCCCAAGAGAAGACACAGAGAACCCUGGUGUCCAGCUGCUUCUUCCACAUCUGUCACAGCAUCAGAGGACUCUGGGGGACAACUCUGACCGAAAACAUAGCUGAGAACCGGGAGCUUUAUGUCAAGACCACACUGCGGGAGCUUCUAGUGUACAUCGUGUUCCUCGUGGACAUAUGUCUGUUGACCUAUGGAAUGACAAGCGCCAGUGCUUAUUACUAUACCAAAGUGAUGUCUGAGCUCUUCCUCCAUACCCUGUCAGACAAUGGAGUCUCCUUCCAGACCAUCAGCAGCAUGGCAGACUUCUGGGAUUUUGCUCAGGGCCCACUCCUGGAUAGUUUGUACUGGACGAAGUGGUACAACAACCAGAGCCUGGGCCAUGGCUCCCACUCCUUCAUCUACUAUGAGAACCUGUUGCUGGGAGUCCCGAGGUUACGACAGCUGCGGGUACGCAAUGACUCCUGCGUGGUACAUGAGGACUUCCGGGAGGACAUUUUGAGCUGCUACGAUGUCUACUCGCCAGACAAAGAAGAACAACUCCCCUUUGGUCUCCUCAAUGGCACAGCAUGGACCUACCAUUCACAGGAUGAGCUGGGGGGCUCCUCCCACUGGGGCAGGCUCACAAGCUACAGUGGAGGAGGCUACUACUUGGACCUUCCAGGAUCCCGACAGGCCAGUGCAGAGGCCCUCCAGGGCCUUCAGGAGGGGCUGUGGCUGGACAGGGGCACCCGGGUGGUCUUCAUUGACUUCUCAGUCUACAACGCCAACAUCAAUCUGUUCUGUGUUCUGAGACUGGUGGUGGAGUUCCCAGCCACAGGAGGUGCCAUCCCAUCCUGGCAAAUACGCACAGUUAAGCUGAUCCGCUAUGUCAGUAACUGGGACCUCUUCAUUGUUGGCUGUGAGGUUAUCUUUUGUGUCUUCAUCUUCUACUAUGUGGUGGAGGAAAUCCUGGAGCUCCACAUGCAUCGGCUUCACUACCUCAGCAGCAUCUGGAACAUACUAGACCUGGUGGUCAUCUCGCUCUCCAUUAUGGCUGUGGGUUUCCACAUAUUCCGAACCCUGGAAGUAAACCGUUUAAUGGGAAAGCUCCUGCAGCAGCCUAAUGUAUAUGCAGACUUUGAGUUCCUGGCCUUCUGGCAGACACAGUACAAUAACAUGAAUGCUGUUAACCUCUUCUUUGCCUGGAUCAAGGUAUUCAAGUACAUCAGCUUCAACAAAACCAUGACCCAGCUCUCCUCCACUCUGGCCCGCUGUGCCAAGGACAUCCUGGGCUUUGCUGUCAUGUUCUUCAUUGUCUUCUUCGCUUAUGCCCAGCUUGGCUACCUGCUUUUUGGGACCCAAGUGGAAAACUUUAGCACUUUCAUCAAGUGCAUUUUCACUCAGUUCCGGAUAAUCCUUGGGGACUUUGACUACAAUGCUAUCAACAAUGCCAACCGUGUCCUGGGCCCUAUCUACUUUGUCACUUAUGUCUUCUUCGUCUUCUUCGUGCUCCUGAACAUGUUCCUGGCCAUCAUAAAUGACACAUACUCAGAGGUCAAGGAGGAGCUGGCUGGACAGAAGGAUGAGUUGCAGCUUUCUGACCUCCUGAAAAAGAGCUACAAGAAGACUCUCCUAAGACUGCGCCUGAGGAAGGAACAGGUUUCAGAUGUGCAGAAGGUCCUGCAGGGUGGGGAGCAGGAGAUCCAGUUUGAGGAUUUCACCAACACCUUGAGGGAACUGGGUCAGGCAGAGCAUGAGAUCUCUGAGCUCACGGCUGCCUUCACCAGAUUUGAUCAGGAUGGGAAUCACAUUCUGGAUGAGAAAGAACAGGAACAGAUGCAACAAGAUCUGAAAGAGGAGAAGGUGGCCCUGAAUGCUGAGACUGAGAACCUGGGCCAGUCCAUUGGGCAUAGCCCACCAGGCAAAUUGGGCAUGGAGACUGCCAGAGAAGGAGGCUGGGUUUCUGGAGAAGAAUUCUUCACGCUCACAAGGAGAGUUAUGCACCUGGAGAGUGUUCUGGAAGGAGUUGUGUCCCAGAUUGAUGCUGUGGGCUCAAAGCUGAAGAUACUGGAGAGAAAGGGGUUGGGACUGGCUCCCUCCCUAGGACUAAUGAAUUCUUGA